GUUCACUCGAUACAAUCUAACAAUAAGAUAUCUCGGUUAUCUCAACAAUUAGCCUUGGGAUUGGCAACAGAAUGAGUUGUGAUAGUUGAAGAAACUUGACAAACAUGUCGGGUAUUGUUGCUGGAAAACUUGCAUUUGUCACAGGAGCUGGCAGCGGCAUAGGCAGGGCCGUAUGUCGAAUACUGGCGAGGGAAGGUGCUGCGAUUAUUGCAACUGAUCAGAAUUCAAAAAAUGUUGCUGAUACGGUAGCUACGUUGGAAGGUGGCGAUCACACUGCGUUAACGGUUGACGUCACUUCGUCGAAGAGUAUAAAUGAGACGUUCAAAUCGGUCAUUGAUCGCUACGCAAAGCCGCCAACUUUAGUCGUUAAUUCUGCCGGCAUAACGCGGGACAAUUAUAUGUUGAAACUUUCAGAAGAAGAUUUUGACCAAGUGAUAAACGUCAAUCUAAAAGGGACAUUUCUUGUUACUCAAAUAGCUGUCAAGGCAAUGGUAGAGGCCGGAGUGUCCAACGGAGCAUCUGUUGUGAACAUUGCAUCAAUCAUUGGAAAACUUGGAAAUAUUGGACAAACUAAUUACAGUGCUUCAAAGGCUGGCGUUGAAGCUAUGACAAAGUCUGCUUCGAUGGAAUUUGGAAAGUUUGGGGUUCGCAUCAAUGCCGUAUUACCAGGCUUCAUUAAAACUCCAAUGACAGAUGCUGUCCCAGAGCAUAUUCUGGGAAUGGCGGCAACAAAAUCCCCACUGAACAGAGUGGGAACACCUGACGAAGUGGCGGAAGUUGUAGUAUUUUUAUGUUCAAAUAAGAGUUCUUUCGUCCAUGGUGCAUCCAUAGAAGUUACUGGGGGCUACCAUUAGCUUUAACAAAAUUUCCUACAAGUAUCUCUCAUUUUCCGUUCGAAUUGAUACGUAAUUAAUUAACAGGGUACAAUGUAAAUAAAAAUGAAAAAAAAUUUAUUCUUAUACCAGAGGAUUGUAUAUUUUUUGUUUCGAAUGAAUAAAACAGCAAUGAAAGUGUU